UGGCGACUCCCCCCCGCCGGGAUUGUGUUUCUUCGCCCUCUCAGCACAUGUGAUGUCCAUCGAAGUCGAUUGGCGCGCAGCCACCUCCGGUCCGGACGGCGAGGCCCUGGCAGAGCGCAUCCGUUCCUUCAUCCACGACAAGUUCCAGCAAGUCGCCCUCCCGCGGUUCAUUCGCUCCGUGCACGUCCACUCCUUCGACUUCGGUACGAUCGCCCCUGAUCUGGAGAUCAAGGAUCUAUGCGAACCGUUCGCCGAUUUCUACGAGGAGGACGAGGACGAUGACGCGAUCUCCGACACCUCCGAGGAGCUGGUCUCGGCCCACGAGGACGGGAGCAGUUGGGGUCGGACACACUCGGAAUUCCUCGACUCCCGGGAUGAGCUAGCCAGGACCAACCAGCGACUCCGCGACCCCUUCGGCGAACCGCCCCCGUCGGGCCUGCGGUCCCCCAUGGACCACCUCAACCCGCAUUUCCUCCCCCGCGCGGGCACCCCCGGCAUCCCCGUCGGCACCUCCACCCUCGGCUACCACCUCAUGUCCUUGGGCGCAUUGUCCGGCACACAGACGCCCCUCGCCGCCGUGGCAGGCGGCACGCCGUUUGCCAACAACUGGGCCACGGAACCCACGGCACCAAACCCCAACAACCGCCAGACAGGGAGUGGGGACGUCGACUCCAGCAAUCCCCCCACAUCACGACCCUCCACAUCAAGCACCCACCCACGAUCCCAUUCCCACCACAACAGCAAUCCAGGCUCCCACAACAGCGAGUCUAGCACCUCCAACCCCCCGGCCGAACCAGACCACGAAACCUCUCCCAUGCGCCUCCCCCCGCGCAUGCGCGAGCGCCGCCCCGAAGACUUCCAAGUCCUCUGCCACGCCAAAUACGCCGGCGACAUCCGGCUGUCCCUCACAGCGGAGAUCCUCCUCGACUACCCCAUGCCCAGCUUCGCAGGCCUCCCCCUCAAACUCAACGUCACAGGCCUAACCUUCGACGGCGUAGCCGUGAUAGCCUACAUCCGCCGGCGCGUCCACUUCUGCUUCCUCUCGGCUGAGGACGCAGACGCCCUCAUCGGCUCCGAACUCACCCACCAAGACCCGACGCGUUCUUCCUCCACCGGGCACCAGCAACAGCAACAGCAACCAACCUCGCCGAAACGGCACAGCGGCGGCCUGCUGCAGGAGAUCCGCGUGGAGAGCGAAAUCGGCCGCAAAGAAGACGGCAAGCAGGUGCUGAAGAACGUGGGCAAGGUAGAGCGCUUUGUGCUGGCGCAGGUGCGGCGCAUUUUCGAGGAGGAGUUGGUGUUUCCUAGUUUCUGGACGUUUUUGAUAUAGUCAUCUAUAUCUACUGGGUAAGAGUUAAGGCCUGUCAUAGGCUGGUCAUGGUAGGAUUUACCAUAGGGUUAGUGCUGUAAAUAGGAAAUACAGUAGUGCAUGUUGUACAUAAUACUCUCU